UGCUGCAGGUCUGAUGACGACAAAACCACUCGCCGGAGCUUUUCCUCCAUUGUGUUUAUGAGCUACACUCCGCUGGAAAUCACCCAGACAUCUGCUGGAUUAUGGCUUUUAGCCGGGUUUUCCCGCAGACGUGGGUCUGUCCGUGAGGUAAGAGGAGGCCAGCGGACUCUGUAGCGCGCAGUAAAGAUGAAUAAAGGCUGGCUGGAGCUGGAGAGCGACCCCGGGCUGUUCACCCUGCUGGUGGAGGACUUCGGUGUGAAGGGUGUCCAGGUAGAGGAGAUCUACGACCUGCAGAGUAAAUGCCAGGGCCCCGUCUACGGCUUCAUUUUCCUCUUCAAAUGGAUCGAGGAGCGCCGCUCCAGGAGGAAGGUCUCCACCCUCGUGGACGAAACCUCUGUUAUAGACGACGACAUCGUCAACGACAUGUUCUUCGCUCAUCAAUUGAUUCCGAACUCGUGCGCCACCCACGCUUUACUGAGCGUUCUCCUGAACUGCAGUGGGGUGGAGCUCGGAAACACACUCAGCCGGAUGAAAGCGUUCACCAAGGGCUUCAAUCCAGAGAGUAAAGGCUACGCCAUUGGAAACGCUCCAGAAUUAGCCAAGGCCCACAACAGCCAUGCCAGACCGGAGCCGCGGCACUUGCCGGAGAAGCAGAAUGGCAUCAGUGCCGUCCGGACGAUGGAGGCUUUUCACUUUGUCAGCUAUGUGCCCAUUAAAGACCGCCUGUUCGAGCUGGAUGGACUCAAGGCCUACCCGAUAGACCACGGUCCUUGGGGAGAGGAGGAGGAGUGGACAGAUAAAGCUCGGCGGGUCAUUAUGGAAAGAAUCGGACUUGCGACAGCAGGGGAACCGUACCACGAUAUCCGCUUCAACCUGAUGGCGGUGGUGCCGGACCGCAGGAUGAAGUAUGAGUCUAGACUGGAGGUUCUCAAACGGAACCGACAGAUCGUUCUGGAAGGCCUGCAGCAGGCGAUUCGAGCUUCCCAGCCGGAUGCUCAGCAGGACCGGAAACAGACGGACUCCUCGCCCUCCGAAGACACGCCCACUACAGUGAAAAAAGAGGAGCCGUCGGACACACCUGUGAGUGCUGAACAAGCUCCUCCUGCAGAUUCUGCGGAUGGUGCAAGUGUCUCAGCAGCCCCCAGUACCUCAGAUAAACCCAAAAGCAUGCUGAAGCCCCCCACUCAGCCAGCGGGGGGGGCUGCCCCACCACUACCAGCUCCACCUGCCCCGCCCGCCCCACUGCCCAUGGCCAGCCCGAGCCCCGUCGUCCAACGCCUGCCUGCCUUCCUGGACAACCACAAUUACGCCAAGUCCCCCAUGCAGGAGGAGGAGGAUCUGGCUGCAGGAGUGGGUCGACCUCGUGUUCCUGGACCCCCUCAACCAGCCUACUCUGAUGAUGAGGAGGACUAUGAGGAUGAAGAGGAGGAAGAGUGUGGAGCUGCUGGAACUUCUAGCAGGUUCCGCAGAAAGACGAGUCUCCGAACAAGGGCCGUGGCCCGCAGCACCACUGGAGGGAGUGGCGUCUCGGGCGUCGAAGGUCAGCUGGCUCUGAGCGUGCUCGCCGAGAAACUGAAGAAGGAGGCGCAGAGGAAGGACACCAUGACGACGGUGGCAGGCUCCACCGCCCUGAACGUGCGCACAGAGGGGCGCACAGGCGGCAUCAGCAUCACCUCCGCAUCACAGCCGUCUCCGACGCCCAGCAACGAGAGCACGGACACGGCCUCCGAGAUCGGCAGCGCAUUCAACUCACCGCUGCGCUCACCUGCGCGCUCACAGGCUGCCACGCGGCCCUCCAGCCCCGUGGCAUCCCACCUGAGCCGCGUGCUGUUCGGUGAAGAUGAAGGUUUGCUACGUUUGGACGCUCGACACAACCGUGCCGUCCGCGACCUCGGAGCGCUGGUCAGCUCCACACGACUGCAGCUGAGGGAGGACGGCACCAUGUCCGCACUGCCCCCUGCAGAAGGAGCGUCAGACGGGGUCAAGAAAGCGAACGGAGUGGAGAAGAUGGAGAAGAGCGAGAAGAAAGACGGGGAGGAGCAGAGGGGGAAGGAGGGAAUGUCGCAGGAGCUGAAAGUCAAGGAGGAGAGUAAAGAGGUGAUUGAUGAAAAACCAACCACGGAAAGCCCCACCUUCGCUGAGCCUGAGGCCAUCAUCAAACCCGCCGGGGAGAAAUACACGCCUAAAGAGUUGCUGGCUCUGCUGAAGUAUGUGGAGGCUGAUAUUGCUAACUGUGAGGUUUGUCUGAAGGAGGAGGUGGAGAAGAGGAAGAAAUACAAGAUUGAUGAUCAGAGGAGAACCCAUAACUAUGAUGAGUUCAUCUGUACAUUCAUCUCCAUGUUGGCACAAGAAGGGAUGCUGGCGAGUCUAGUGGAGCAGAAUAUUUCGGUGCGCAGGCGUCAGGGCGUGAGCAUCGGUCGCCUCCAUAAACAGCGUAAACCGGACCGCCGGAAACGCUCUCGGCCUUACAAGACCAAACGCCAGUGAACAGACUCCCAGCGACCUGUGCUUCUGAAGAACACUGACUCACUCAGUCCAGCGCUGCUUGUGACCUGUAAAGCGUCCACUGAUUAGAAAGCAGUGAUGCUCUGCUGUAAUUCUCAUUGAGUAAUCGGUCUAAACGACUCGCUCAUUAACCCUUUAGCUCAUCUCAGAUGCUACAUUUUCUUCAGUCUGUUUGUCCUCUGAAGACAUUUUUUCCAAAUAAAUCAAUUUUCUAACGUACCAUAAAAUUCCUUUUUAGAAAACAGACAAUCUGCACUUGAUUGUGGGAAAAGGUAUGAAAAUCACAUGAGUAAAAAUUUGAGUAAUGAUGACAACUAUUAUGUGAAAUAUAUCUGUAUAUUAGUAUAUAUCUGUACAACGCUGUCACUUUAGACCAAUCAGAACAUUCUGCAGCACUUUCCAUCAUACUAAAGUUAGUUGUUGGGCAUUAAUUUGAUUAAAAUUGUUGGAAUUUUAGUUAAUAUUAAAAUUUAAAUAUUAAUGUUUGUUUUAUGUGUAUUAAUUAAGCCAACAUAUUAUUCUGUCAGUUAUUCAGAUUGUAGUAGUUUAAUUUCAAUAGUAAGUGUAUCAUAAGUCUGCGCUUUAAUAUUAAUUAAAAUUCCACUAAUUUGAGUAAAAUCAUUUGACUGAGGACUUAAUGAGAAUUACAGCAGCAGCAUGUACAACACAGAUGUGACUUUACCAGCCGGACCAAUCACAGACUUUUCAUUUGACUCUUCAGUCUGAGUUCAAAAUCUGAGUGUUUGUUUUUUAAGCGUGUGUGUGUUUAUAAAUGUGUUUAUGCUAAUUAAACAAAAUGAAACGGCUCAUUUUGUGCCAGUUCAGCUCAAAUGAUCAGUGUUAGAUUCACCAAAUCUGACCAAAACAUCUGGACGUCCAGAGAGGCCUUGAGGGACUUACGAUUUUACGCAUUGUUAUCUUGAGACAACAAGUUAAUUAUUCUGUGAUCUCAAAAUAGCAGUUAUGUUGAAAAAAACAAGUUAUUUUUUAUCUUGAGAUAAAAUUGUUGUGAGAUAAUGAGUUCAUUACCUUGUGAUCUCAAGAUAAGUUAUUUUGAGAUCACAAGAUAAUUUGUCAAUUUAGAAAAUUACAGCUCGUGGCCUCUCCAGACUUCCGUAAAAACUCCCAACAGUGGUGCAGAAUUUACCUGCCCAGGCUCCGCCCACAAAUACGUGCUUUCAUAGCUACCGUGACCGGCCGGUUUAUGAGGAGCCUUGCCGCUUCCUAUUUCCUCCGUUAUAUCAAAAACAGGACUGCUGAACAGCAGAGGGCGCCAACGAGUGAUUCCUUAAUGAAUGGGAGUGAAUGGAGCUAAACAGCGAAAAAUGUUAAUAAUAAAAAAAAAGUUAGAAAAGUUUCUUUCCUCACCUUUAAUUUUAGACAGUAGAAGUUUGUGUUUCACUAAAAAAGCAAAGAAAACUCGCCUCUGUUAUUUCUACAGCAAACUCGUUUUGGGCAGCAGGAGGCGGGCUUUACUGGUAGAGGGUGAUGAUUGACAGGCGAGCGGAGUAGCUCAUUGGCUGUUCGCGCUCACUGACGUCACGGACGUAAACGAGGCGCUGUUUUAAACUCCUAUAGAUUGAGUGUAAAAGCUCUUAAAAAUAUAACAGCAGUGUUAAAAUGUUUUAUGAUAUUCGCUGUUCAGGAAACGACUGCAUUCCUUUACAUUAGAGAUGCUUAAGUGUUUAUAAACUAUGACUUUUAUGAUGCUUAAGUGUUUAUAAACUAUGAUUUUGCUCAAACGCUCCAUGACAACCCAGUCAUUUUGGACUCGCUCAGGAGCGCCCCUUGUGUUUGAGGAACAGAGGGAUAAUUCUCCUGCCGUAACUUAAAGGUGAACAAAGUGUACAGAGAGCUGGUAAAAAUGCCGUUCAGGAAGCUCUGAAGCUCUCCGUGUACGUAAUAACAAACUUUCCAGUUUAAAAUGCUUCGUUGUAGCUAAUCGAAACAGCACUGAAUUAGCCAUCAUGCUAACAUUAGCUCGAUUACAGGACAAAUAGCUACUCGCUGAUGAGAAAAUGAGAAUUUCGCCGGAGUGGUAAAAGACUUCAGUAAUUUUUUAGAAGUUUUUAUUUGACUUUCUUCUUCCUGAUGUACGUGGAUUAUCAUGUCUAGCGUUAAUAACGUGCACAGUACGUCAUCCGCUUACAUCCCAAACUCAUAGCUACGGAAGAACAGGUUUGUGGGCGGAGCCUGGACGGGACGAUGACAUCAUGCCAUGACGAUGACAUCAUGUUUAUUUCUGCUUUUUUUUUCUGCUUCUCGGUUUGAAAGUCGAACGUUGUCGAUGCUGAACUGUCAGACGCUCUUCGUGUCUGUUUAUUUGUACAUAGCAUGUAUGUCGGUGUGUAUGAGUGUAGCUCCAGCGUCACUCCUAGACGUCCACACAGAGUCCGCACCAUCUGUCCUUCUGAAUACAAUAAACCACACCAAGCUGUGAUAAAUGUA